AGACGCCGAGAGCUGCUUAAAUAGCAAAGUCGCAGUUUUCUCCUUAUAGUCAUUUGAUUAUGCAAUUUUAUUCCGUCCUACUUCUCGUUUCCCUUCUAUUACUGCUCACAAUCAGUGAAGCAUCUUAUCCACCAGUCUGCACUAGUGGAUUCACAUUGAUCAAUGGGAAAUGUCUGAGGAUAUUUGUGGAUGUUUCGACGCAUACUGCGGCUGAGAAAACCUGCAAGGGAUAUGGAGCGACACUGGUGACUGUGAAGAAUUCUAUUGACAACCGAGCCAUCGCGGAUUUCACCGGAAACAACGCCAACCUAUUCUGGAUGGGACUUUACUGUUUCGAUAGUGACGUUUCAAAGUGCUUAUGGGAUGAUGCUACUGGAUCCGCUGAGGUCUAUGACAAUUUUGCGGCUGGAUUCCCCCACAUCGCCCUCGGAAACUGCGUUUACUACUCUGUGCAAGGCGCCUUGGCAGGCAUGUGGCUGAGCAGUGACUGCAACGAUCGCCGAUCUUUCAUUUGUGAACUACCGGCUUCUCAUGCAGACCCAUGCCCAUACAAUUACAAUGGCUUCUGCUACACUUUCCACAAUACCGCCUCAACUUAUACCAAGGGCCAGAAGAUUUGCGAGCAAGAGUGUGGAAACUUGGCCUCAAUUCACUCUGCUAAUGAAAACCGGUACAUUAUGACAUUUGGCGGACGUGCUACUAAAGAAGAUCUCCUACUCGGAGGCAUGUGGCCAGCUGACGACGUAUACAAUUGGGUGGAUGGUUCACUGUGGGAGUACGAAAAUUUCGAUCCAAUAAACGUCAGAGAUUCAGUUUGCGUCAUAAUGUCAAAUGGUGACUCGAGACCUAUCGCCCUUGGAAUGUGGUACAGUGGAGAAUGCAAAAACGAGUAUAGUGUCGUCUGCAAGAGACCUGCCGGAAUCCAAUGUCCUCCAAACCCAACCAUCGUCCCCGUGACACCAAUGCCAGCAGUCCAAUCGUUCUGCAAUUCUAGCGUUAUGGCUCCAAGUGAAAUCACAUCACCCCACUUCCCAUAUAACUACUAUAACUCUGACUUCUGCAGCUAUCAAAUAUCCACACUAGGAUCUUACAAUGUGCUCCUCAGAUUUUCAACAUUUGACACUGAAAAGGUCAACGAUGUUGUGACGGUUUACGAUGGAGAUUCCACGAAUGAUCCUGUGAUCGGAGUCUAUGCUGGAUCUUUCUACCCGUUCACAGUGAUAUCCACCGGGAACAAGAUGCUUGUCACUUUUAAGACAGACAAAUCAAAUACAAGACAAGGGUUCAGCGGACGAAUUACUUCCUAUUCGACAACAGAAAGUGGAGAACGCGAUUAAUUUUUUGAUAUAUAUAUAGAUAGCAUAUUGUUAAUUUGGAUAUAAAAACUAAUGUAUUUAUAUUAAUGAAAAACUUGUUGAAGUUAA